AUUAACAGUCGACGGGACAUACUCUUAUUUGGAUUGACUGGUCGGAGUGUAACACCAGACAUCAAAGAAGACCGAGCGAGAAAAUGCAGCUCUUCGGUAAAAUGUCUCUUCUGCUUCUGGGGAUUUCAGUGUCCCUGUGUGUCUCGGCUGAGCAGACAAAGGUAGUGGAGUUCAACGUCAAGCCGGGAGGAGUUGUUCAUACUUUCUCUGAGAGAAUCAGCGAGUAUGAAUGCAUCUUCACCUAUGCUUCACAAGGAGGAACUAAUGAGCAAUGGCUGAUGAGUGUGGGCCUGAGCGAAGAUGACCAGCUGUUUUCUUGCUCUGUGUGGAGGCCUCAGGGAAAAUCAUACCUGUUUUUCACCCAGUUCAAAGCUGAGCUGAAAGGAGCCAAAAUUGAAUAUGCCAACGCUUUUUCAGAAACAGCAGUGACAGGCCAGCGUGACGUACCUCUGAAGCCAGACGAAUUUACCGUAGGAGAAUCAACAGUGACCCAAAGAGAUGGAAAGUUCAGCGCUCAGCUUUCCAAGCUGACCGUCAUUGGACGGACGAGACAUGACGAGCUGUGAUUGGACAGAAGUCUCGCUCUGCUGUGACCAAUCACAGCACCGCGGUGAACUGUGCUUCUGCUCGUUAGUAUCAGUGGAUUUUUUCCUGAGAAACGACCAAAACUGAAGCAGGAUGAAGCUAAUCUUGGUUUGAGGGGACAUGGUGAACCAGUUGUAGUACAUAUCCAGCCUUUUUCACUCAUUUUUGGAUUUGUUCUACAAAAGAUGAAGGAACCUACUAAUUAUCCAGACUUUUCAGGAUCAAAAUGGGCCAUAAGGUUACGUGCUUCUGUAGUUGUUUCUUAGUUUGUAAUAUAAAGAGAUGCUGGUUUGAUCCAGUGGGUGUGGGAAUGCAUAUUUUGGUGUUGGGAUGGGGUCUGUCCAGCUUAGAUACAUUUUAGAUUAGCAGGAGAUUUAUGCAUCUUGUGUAAUCCUGAGAGGAGAGUGAGUAAUCCCUGGUAUUGUGAAGCAGCACACAUCCAAACAAGUAGAAAUUGCUCUGUCUCGCUGCGUUCUGCAAUGCUGUUGAAAGAAGCACCUCAGUGUCUCCGUUUAUCUACAUCUGCUGCAGAUAACUCAAAGCAUCGCGUCUGAUCCCUCCAAACAUCAGACAGGUUUUUUUUGUUUCCUGCCGUUUCUCUCUGGUGAAACUAUACUACUUCCAAAAAUACGUCACAAAAAAGAAUCAAAAUGCAAUAGAUUUUUUUUUAUUAGGUUAUGCAAACUAUUGACCUGUUUGAGUUUAUAUAUGAAAUUUGCUGUAUGAUGAGAUUAGUAAUAAUGCUAUACAUUAAAACAAAAUUAUAUGACAUGACCUAAUUGCUUAAACAGAAAAUAAUUUAUCCUCACUGCUCUGACAUGUAUGACAUCUUGAUAGAAUCAGUUAUAAUAAUGUUUUUUAAGAAGUAUAAUGGCACAUUCUUGUAGUUUUGAAACCAGAACUUUUUAAAUCUUCAGCCAGCCCAUCCCUAGUAAGAUGUAGCGUCCUGAAAGGUCUGUAGGAAAAAUAUUUGAUUUACUCUCUAUUCCACUGACUAAGUGCUAAAAAUUCAAAUGUCUCAAAAAUAAAAGCUUUUUUUACAUAAAUAUUGAGAAAGGUAUCUUUAUCGCAUCUUUCUUUGUUGUCCAACUCACUGACUGGAAGUAAAUUCAUUUAAAGAUCCAAAAAGGGCCACAAUUUCACUACUUUAUUAGUAGUGAAAUUGUACUGUUAUCGGCGUGUAGUACAGUAUGUAAGGGGCUUUUUGUACAAACUCUUAGAACUGCUAGUUCUUAAAUUUUGGCAAACAAACCCAUUUAUUUUUACAACAGAUGGUGUGACUUUACAAGAAUAACAUCUGGAAGAUAUAGAGUAUAUUUAAUGUAGGACUAUAGAUUUCCAAAUGGAGCUGAUAUCACUUUAUUUAAAUGCCAGAAGUGUUGAAACAGCCCUUUUCCCACUGAGCUGAAUAAUAAAGAAACCUCAGCGUUGCUUUAACUUUUCUGGUAGUAAUAAUCCCCAACCAGAUCAAACUUUUGUAGUCGAAUGCUAUAAAAGCAGUUGGGGGGAGGAGAAAAAUCUAGAAAUUGAAGUCUGGAACAUUAGUGCAGAUGUUUAACUCAAAAGUAAUAAAAUGUAAAGCAUGCACAGACAUUUGGAGGUUUCUAGAUGAGGAAUAAAAAUGCCAGCACUCUCUCCCUCUCGAACCUCUGGCUUUCAUCUCUCGGUGCCACAUGUGGGGAUCAGUGAGAAUAUUGCGCAGGUUUCAGAAGUGCUUCAUUAUCACAUGCCCCUCAUCUCCUUCUCUCCCCUUCUUCUUCUCUGCUCUCCCCUUUCUCUGUUAUGCUUGCGGCCUCUUUAUCUUACCGGCAUUGAUCCAAAGCCUCAAACAGCACAAGUGUCCAAGGAUUGAAUUCAGAUUGGAGGAUUUCUCUGAUUUGACUCUGCUCUUGGAUUAGCUGGGAUAGGCGGCAUACCUUCGGUGUCUUUCAUCUGGUGUCGAGGCGAUCCCCCGGAGUGGAGGAAACGCCGGGUCCCUUUGUCGCCAUCCAGGCUCUCUUUCUCUCUCAGUGGGGGUCAGCACAGGAAAAGAUCACACCUGGACCUCGACCUGGCUCUGAGAAAAAAAACACAACAUGCGCUAUUAAUUUUGUACAUGCGUCCUUUCUUUUUCUGCCUGUUGAUUGCUGCGAAUCAUGAUGAAACUUGAUGGGUGUUUGAAUAAAGACACGUUGUCACCUCG